GCCAUGUACUCGCUGAACCCAAACACGGGCUUCGUGGUGACGGUGAACCCUGAGGACCCGCGCGCCCCCGACCGCCCCCCUCUGUGCUGGAUCACGACGAGCUCAUCAUUGGCGGUGGAUGACGCGGCCGGCAAUCAGGGCAAGUUCCUGCUCAUGAGCACGCGCAACAGCAUCGUCACCGUGAACGCCCACGUGGAGGCGUUCUGCAUGGAGCUUGCAGACGGCCUGCUGGAGUUUGUGCUCAGUAAAGAACAGCUGGAUGGCGGCCACCACGAGAGCUUCGACUACAAGCAGCUGCUGCACAACGCAUUGCAGCUGUACAUGGAGCAGAAGAAGAAAGACAGCUCAAGGUCGCGCCAGGACAGCAGGAAGAAGAAGGACAAGGGCAGCAAGAAAGGCGGCCACAGGAGCGACGGUGACAGUUCCGCUGACGACGUGUCACUCAAUGCCAUGUUUGUGCUUACGGAAGUCAGCAACAUGCUCGUUUCACGAUCCUUCCGCGACCCCGUGUCCAUGUUCCUGGAGCAUCAGCAGCGGACCGUGGACAAUGGCCUCAAGCCCACGCUGGAGAAUAUGCUGGACGAGCUGGCAAAGCUGACGUUCUACCGGCCACGCUACACGGAGGGCGACGACGAUGCCGACACCAGCCUGAAGGGCAUUGCUGCAUUUGCCAUCAAGCGCGUGCAGUUUGGGGUGAUCUACUACGACGUCAAGGACGUGAUGAGCAAGGCGUCUCCGUACUACGAGUGGACGGUCAAGUGCACCAGCUUUGACGCCUUCAACCGCCUCUCCCGCCUCUUCUACGGCGUGCGCUGCAUCGUUGCCCACGGGCGCGGCCAGCGCACGCUACAGGACACACUGCCGUCGGCGCACGAAGCGUUCAAGACGCAGGACUUCACGCUGGUGUCCACCGGCACAUACUCGCUGCCGUCAGGCGAGGGCGAUGUGGAAAAGACAGUGAGCAUGCUGAACGAGGUGCGACAGAAGGCAGAGGACCACGUGCGUCAUGGCAAGGUGCUUGGUCUCAACUACCACGACUUUGUCAACUUUCUCAACUUUGCACGCGCGUUUGUUGAGCUACUGUCCACGGUGGCAGACUACGCCCUGGACCAAGAUCGCGCCAAGCAGGACAUGCAGCAGGACGAGGACAAGAACCCCACGGCAUUCCAGCUCAGCUUGUCAUGAUUGUUGUUGUGUGUGUGUGUGAUAUUGUGUGUGUGUGUGUGUGUGUGUGUGUGUGUGUGUGUGUGUGUGUGUGUGUGUGUGUGUGGUAGGUACAAUCCUCUUGACCCUUGUUGCAUGUGGGUUGGCUUGAACGUUCCGUGCGUGCGGGUUUACCCGAACCCCCUGUGUUGUGCUGACAUACCCACAGUCACAGCGUCGUCGUGAUGACUGAUAGUGACUGUAAGUCUUGUCUCUUUGUGUUCACUUGUACAUGGCAGUGUUUCACGCACUCAAACGCGGAUUCAUUUGCUUACUUCACACACCUGAGCACUUCUGCUUGAAUAAUUCUGCUCGUGGAUGUACUACGUCGUGGUGUCACGAUGGUAACGGUGGAAACGAAAGCAACGAAGCAACACUCGCC